AUGCCGUCGCGGUUCCUACGUAACCCGUCACUCACUCCAGCCGCUGGCCAUCCCCAUCCAUCCCUGGCCUCCUUCCACGCGAAUGACGAGAGGAGCGCACCUGCCGAGAUCGUCCAAGAUGCGCCCGACCUGUUCGCCAUGACGGGACUUACAGCUACUUCACCCCCAACCCGGCGCGGCCACUCCCGUUCUAUCAGCCACCCUUUCCCCUCGCCGUUCGCCGCCGCCGUGGGCAAACGGCGUCCCUCGAUCGCGAAGAAGAAGAAUGGUCGACCGGGUCUGGAUUCGGACGACGACGACUUCAUAGGCUACGUGCCCGACCCGAGCUCAUCGUCCCCCCGCAACCGACCCCCGCAGCACGGCGCGAUGGCCUCAGGGAAAUGUAUGGCCUGCAACUGCACCGUGCGGUGGCCCCGCGAUCUGAAGGUGUUUCGGUGCACGGAAUGCUUGACGGUCAACGAUUUGGAGCCGUACGUGGAUGCGGCCAAACCCGGGGGUCACGGCAAUUCGGGCGUCGAUGGAAAGCCUCGCACCCCCAUGGUUUUACGGAAAGCAGUACCACUGUCUCUCGACCGGACGAAGGCGUUGCUGGACGACUGCAUGACGGAGUACCUUCGGCAACUCCUAUACGAAACCGGACCGCGAGCGACACCAACGAGGAUCCAGCCGGAGAAGUCCCAGGAUAUCGCGCAGGAUGAAAAUCUGGCUCACUCGCCCGGCCAGACCGGCGAGUACUUGUGUGAUCCUCGAGCGACCGGCGACUCGCGCGGGCGGGCUUACUCGAAUUCCAGGAGGCCAGGCAAGCUGGAUGGUCCGCCCAACUUCUCGAAGCCUAAUCUGAGUCCUUACUCCUCCCACGGAGAAGGGAAGAGCUCGCCGAUGAAGAGUCGAGACACGCAAACUAUGCCCCGGCGAGAUCGCUCGCCUCGAGAGGCUGGCCAGGGGAACACGUCGGACGCAAAGGAACUGCCGCGCCGCCCGUAUAUCUUUAGGCUGCUGGAAGACUACAUAAUAAAUUCAUUCAAGGGCUGUGAUUGCUUGAAUAGCUCGUUCACCACAGUACAGCACGCGCCUCGCUCCACCGAUAAUAGCACUCCCCCCAGGCAGAGAGAGAACAAGAGUACUAGCGCGGCGCCCGCGCCCGCGGAACAUGUAUUUGAGCCGGAUGCUAAGCUCCUCCUCCUGGGCGACAUAGCAGAAAAUUCAUCCUGGUGGAUGAACGAGGUGGAUCCUACCGUUCAAUCUCAUUCCAAAGACCAUCGGGAGAAAUCCUCUGGUUCGAGAGCCGUGUCCUCGCGGAGCCCCCGUAUAGACUGGGCGGAGCUUGCGAAAUGGUACCACAUGAUCAUGACUGCCGGUUCUUCCUGGGUUGAGCUGUGGUCCACGAUGAAGCCAGCCGAACUACGUACGGAUGGUGACAUUGUGGCUGCUCAGAGGUGGGAUGCUACUGAUUUAGCUAUGGUUGAGAAGGAGGUGGUCGAGUCGCGCUUGCACCUGCAUCGAACACUGCUCAAGGCGACGGAGAAUCUCCUCAAACGGCCGCGACGACCACUCAAAAAGCCAGAAGACAUCAGAUUUCUCCUGAUGCUCUUGGUGAAUCCAUUGAUUCAUCCCUCUAAUUCGUCCUUGGCUUCGUACACACUGGCCCCCUCUGCCCCUCGGGGUGAUAGGAGGCCUUCCCAUCCCGUCCUCGGCAACCCACGACCCGCUCCUCGAGAUAUCAAACCUUCCACUCGACUGCGAAGCGCAGGGCCCGGGCAUCAUCCCGGCAUUGUCAAACGAAUCAUGGGUCUGCUUGCCAAUCUGCCAAACGACUGUCACCAUUACUUGGUUUCUUGGUUCUCACGCUUUCCCACGGGACAAUUCGAGAAAAUUGUGGAUAUUGUGGGUAGUUUUGUGACGUAUCGUCUGACUCGGCAGCAUGGGCGGAAACGCAGCGAGACCGCGCAGCCGGAAGAUAGUCUAAUACCCAGCUUCUCCAGCGCGGCUGGAAACACACCCGCCGAGCUGCAUGCCGCCAUCAACGGCAGGAGCCCGAACAAGUCGGCCAAGGACGACCGGGACCAGCCGGUGGUCUAUACUGAUGACUGGCAGAUCCGGGCUGCUGCACGGGUGAUGUCGCUGCUUUUUACGGCCAACAAUGCCACGGUGUCUCGCAAGCCAGAUGGACCAGGGACUACGACGGUUGGUCGAUCGCCGAGUGACCGACGGGGCCACAUAGUACCGAUCAGCUCCUUCUACAACACGCUGCUGGAUUAUUCCGACCUUGUGGCGGACUUUGAGGCCUGGGAGUCCAAGUCGAGCAAGUUUUCGUUCUGCCAGUAUCCUUUCUUCCUGAGCAUCUGGGCCAAGAUCCAUAUCCUGGAGCAUGAUGCUCGUCGUCAGAUGGAGGUCAAGGCGCGAGAGGCGUUCUUCAAUAGUAUCCUCAGCCGGAAGGCGAUCAGUCAGUAUUUUGUGCUGAAGGUGCGGCGUGAUUGUCUGGUGGAGGACAGCCUUCGGAGGGUUAGUGAGGUCGUUGGAUCCAGCCACGAGGAGAUCAAGAAGGGGCUGCGGAUCGAGUUUGUCGGUGAAGAGGGAGUGGACGCGGGUGGUCUGCGGAAAGAAUGGUUCUUGCUGCUCGUCCGGGAAGUCUUCGAUCCCCACCAUGGGCUGUUCGUUUAUGACGAAGACUCACGAUAUUGCUACUUCAACCCGUACUGCUUCGAGUCGUCGGAACAGUUCUUCUUAGUCGGGGUCCUUCUGGGAUUAGCCAUCUACAACUCGACCAUUCUCGACAUUGCUCUCCCACCGUUCGCUUUCAAGAAGCUCCUGGCUGCGGCCCCGCAGUGGUCGACCAGCCGAUCGGUGUACAAAGCUAGCCUGGACGACUUGGCGGAGUUUCGACCCCAGCUCGCGAAAGGGCUCCGGGCAUUGUUGGAUUUCGAAGGGGACGUGGCGGAGACCUUCUGCUACGACUUUGUCGCGCAGGUCGACCGGUAUGGUGAGGUGGUGCCGGUGCCCCUGUGUGCGGGCGGCGAGGACCGACCGGUGACGAACGCCAACCGGCGGGAGUUUGUGGAUCUGUACGUACAACACCUGCUGGACACGGCGGUGACGCGGCAGUUUGAGCCCUUCAAGCGGGGGUUCUUCACGGUGUGCGGCGGCAACGCGCUGUCCUUGUUCCGGCCGGAGGAGAUCGAGCUGUUGGUGCGAGGCUCGGAUGAGCCGCUGGACGUGGCCUCGCUCCGGGCGGUGGCCACGUACGAGAACUGGUCUGUGCCGCGGCCGGAAACGGUGCCUGUGGUGCGGUGGUUCUGGGAGAUCUUCGGGCAGGCGGCGCCGCAGUCGCAGCGGAAGAUCCUGUCGUUUAUCACGGGCAGUGACCGCAUCCCAGCGAUGGGGGCGACGAGUCUGAGUAUUCGGCUGGGGUGCUUAGGGGAUGACACGUCCCGGUUCCCGACGGCGCGGACCUGCUUCAAUCAGUUGGGGUUGUAUCGGUAUGAGACGCGGGAGAAGCUGGAACGGGUGCUCUGGGAUGCGGUGUUGAACAGUGAGGGAUUUGGAUUGAAGUAG